AUGUCAGCGACUGUGCUGAAAGAUGGCACAUUGCUGACCUUCGAUGACUCCACCCAGGCCGUCCAGGUAUUGCGCCGAGCGUCCGUCUUAAUCAUCGACGAUCGCAUUGCCGCUAUUGCGGAGAGCUUUGAGGAGCUACGCGCUCCCCCAGAUGCAGAUAUUAUCAAUGUUGAGGGCAAAAUUGUGUCUCCUGGCUUCGUGAACACACACGUGCACAUGUGGCAGUCCGUCUACCGGAGCAUAGGACCAGAUAUCGUGCUAGCGCAGUACUUUGACUGGCUCAGCCAAAUGUCAGCCAAUGCUACUAAUACCUUUACACCAGAGGAUAUCUACAUCAGCUGUCUGGAAGGGUACCUCGAGGGACUCAAUGCGGGUGUCACAACCUAUCUAGAGCAUGCUCACAAUAACUGGAGCCGAGAUGUCGUAGAGCCCGGAUUUGACGCUGCUGUUGACAGUGGUGCUAGGAUCUGGUGGUGCUACGACGUUGCUCCCCGAGAUGAUUUUACAGCGGAGGAGCAGUGGCAGCUUCUGGGCCGACUGACAUCCAAGGCGACACAGUCAUACGUGAAGCUAGGCCUAUCCCUCGAUGGACUUGCAGGGUCUUGUCUCACUGGCUCUGAGGAAAAGCUCACGCAUCUGAGACACAUGAUCAAUCAUCUGAAGUUGGAGGCAAUCACGAUGCACCAUAUGGGAGGACCUUGGCCACAGGGCAAUACUGCGCCAACCUUGCUCUGUGCCCGUGGCUUCCAAAAUAUAGGCAUUCCCAUUGUCUUCUCCCAUGCGCCCUUCCUCACGGAUGAGGACAUGUGUGCAUUGCGCCAACAUGAUCUCUUCAUCUCUAUCACCCCGGAAUCUGAAUGUCACUACGGUCAUGGCCAGAAAACCGGCCAUAUGAUCUCCGACCAGGCCUCUCUCGGGGUUGACACGAACUGGACCUUUUCGGGUGACAUUCUUAGCCAAUCACGUCUCUGGCUACAGACAGUCCGGAGCCGGAACUACCAAAAGACAUUGGACAGUGGCGUACUGCCCAACAAGAACCCCAUGGCUGUAGAGCAGGCCUUCCUUCUUGCAACACGUCAGGGCGGCCGUGCCCUACGACGCCCAGAUAUCGGAGUGCUGCAGGUUGGGGCCAAGGCAGAUCUCGUCGUUUUCAAUGGAGACUCGCCGAAUAUGCUCGGAUGGAGAAACCCUGUUGCGGCUGUUAUGCUCCAUGCUCACCCAGGGGACAUUGAGCACGUCUUGGUGGAUGGGCGGUUUCGAAAACGAGAUUUUCAGUUGGUCAAUACCACGCUCAGCUGGAGUGAAAUCCGCGCAAGAUUCCUGGAGGCCUCCCGGCGCAUCCAGCCGCAUGUGGAAGCGCCAACGCCUCUGCCCGAUAAGCUUUGGGGGAUUACAGAUAUGGGUGAUGUGGAUAUUGCGUCUACAAUCAGACGGAUAUAG